GAAUAUUCAGAAAAAACCAGACAGAAAAUACAAAAGGAACAAUGAGUUUAAAGGAACAUCUUGGAAUCCUGAGAUUGGCGAGGCAUCGGAGGGAGGGAAUCUAUGGUUUGAGGCUGAGAUUGGGAUGUUUGGUUGAGGAAAUGGGGAUUACGGUUAGGGAUCUAUCUAACAUCACUGCUAGAGUAAAUGCACACCAGCCUUCUUCUUCUUCUUCAUCAAGCCAGCCUUCUUCUUCAUCAGGCCAAACUUCUUCAAGCCAGCCUCCUUCUUCAAGCCAAAUGCCAUAAUGGUUUUUUGGAUAUAGUUGUUGUCAUAUAGAUGUUAUGGUUUUUGGAUGCAGUUGCUGUCAUACACUGAUUGCUUAGUGUUGCUUAGUUUGUGUUAUACACUAAUUGCUUAGUGACAUUUUGAUAGGAUCAGUUAACACAAGUGGUUUUUUGAACAAGCAAGUCAGCAAGGUUUGGUUAGUCACUGAGUGCUUAAUGUUCAUGUAUGCACUCUUUCUAGGAUACCUGAUUUGCAGGCGGCAAACUGGCGCUUUCUAAAGCGCCUGGCACUGUUUUGCAGACCUCAUUCACGCACCAGAAAAAACCCGUGAUUCUUGUAGUGAUGCCUUCUCAACCCUAUGCAUGCUUAACCUUUGAUCUCUUUUGGAUUGCAACAACAAAGAUUUUAAUGGAAUUUUAUUUGAGAUGCAGUUAAAAGUACUGGAUCUUAGUUGUUUUCGAAGAGGAAAACACUGGAGAAAGGCAAAAACGGAGGAAAAGCAAGUAGAUAUCAAGAAGAAAAGGCAACGAAAAGCUUAAAGACCCCGCAAUUCUCUUGAGAUUGCUAUGCUCUAGCUCUAGCAGAGCAUUUAUCAAAGGUGUGAAUCACUCUCCUUGGCAUGUUAUAGCCACCGAUAAAAAUGUUAUGACUAU